UUUUAUUAUAAUCUGGGCAAUAUUAUUUCUUUUGAAGAAAAGAAAUGAAUAAACAAAUACCAACAACAAACAAACCAUAAAAACUGAUAUAAAUGACCGGUUUCUGGAGAGUUCUUGGCCUUUAGCGUUGUGGGGAGAGAAAGGGGGACUAUUUCCUUUCCUUCCUCUCUCGUGUACUCUGUUUUUAAUUUUUUUUUCUCUCUUCUCAUCUUCAAAACUUUCCCUUCACGGAAAGAUGUGCUAAGGAUUCCGUGUUGCAGUUCCACAAAGAUGUAGUCCUAAGUCAUGUUUAUAAGAAUUUAGUCCUGUUUUGGCGUUUAUAUCAUAGGUGGGUUUGGCUUGGUUUCAAGUUCUUUUGGUUCCUGGUUUUUGGUUUUAAGUUUUGUUGUUGUUGUUGUUGGUUAUAAUUUGUCGACAAGACAAGGACUCUGUUUUGGGUUGUUGUUGAUUUUGAGAUUGGGUUUGUUGGUUUGGUUUCGAAGAAUGGCAAAUGGAGAAGAGAAAAACAAUGAUUUUUAUGCAGUUUUGGGGUUGAAUAAAGAAUGCACUCCGACAGAGCUCAGGACUGCUUAUAAGAAACUUGCCCUGAGAUGGCACCCUGAUCGUUGCUCAGCCUCGGGAAAUGCAAAGUUCGUGGACGAAGCCAAGAAGAAAUUUCAGGCCAUUCAACAAGCCUAUUCUGUUCUGUCUGACUCAAACAAGAGGUUUCUGUACGACGUAGGAGCUUAUGACAGUGAUGAUGACGAAAAUGGAAUGGGAGAUUUUUUGAACGAAAUGGCAGUGAUGAUGAGCCAGACAAAAUCUAGUGAAAAUGGAGAGGAAAGCUUCGAGGAACUACAGGAAUUGUUUGAAGAAAUGUUCCAAGCGGACAUUGAUUCAUUUGAGUCUACUGGUCAGUCCACUACUUCCUGUUCUGCUUCAUCAUCGUUUGGGUCAUAUGGUGAAAGUUCCAGCUCCAACAAGCGGAAUUCCUCUGAAAUGAGUUCUGAGGAGACUAGGCUGGAGAGUUCUUCUAGCUUCGAUGCACAAUUUCACAGUUUUUGUCUGGGGUCAGGUGGAACACAGGCAAGAUAUCAAGCAACGCAGAGGAGCCAGAGGAGGAAUGCAAGGAGCAGCAGGCGGUAGUAGACGGAGAAAUGGCAGGAAACAAAAGGUUUCAUCUGGCCAUGAUGUUACUUCCACCGACUGUGGCAUUUCUGCUUGAUGAUACACCAGUUUACUAAUUGAUUAAUGAAAAUUCAACCUUGGCCAACUUAGCGUAUUGACUUGACCAAACUAGGGAGAUGAAGGUGCAUCCUGUGCCGGAGGGGGAGGUUUUGAUUGUAAUGGACAGUGCCAAAGCGGCAACAUCAGCACUAGGGAAAGCCAUACAAUCGCAAGAAGAUUAAUCUGGCUCUUUUACUUGAGCAACGCGAAGAAACGAGGCGGCUAUUAGAGUUUUGCCUCUGUUGUCAUGUUUUGCCAUUCUAGCUGUGGUAACCAUGUCAAUGACUUUUCAUCUGUGGCUUUGUACUCUUUUUUAGUUUUGCCAUCUUGAGUACUCUGUAGUAUACAUUAAUCGAUGGGCUUCCAUUAUUCCUUGCCAGCACAUUUGGACCGUAAAUUCCCAACGAUGGCGUGGUGUAUUAUCAUGUUCCGUACUCGAAUUCAAAUGAAAUCAUGCUGCAUGUAUGCAUUUACAUCCACCAGGUCACGGAUAUCUAGCUUUAAGACUGUUGAUAAGAUGGAAAAAGUUGGACUAUAGAACUUAUUUUGCUUUUUCAUCAUUCUCAAAUUUCAGGGUCGUUCUAAACUAGCAGCACCAUGCAAAGUCAAAAAAUGGAAACAGGGCAGUCUUGGGCGCUGCUUGUAGAAGGGUGAGCCAAAAAUGUGUCCAAAAUCUUUUCUGCGGGCAAAAACCUGUUGGUAUGGUGAAGUGGCAGUGUUGGGUGGGUCCAAUGUCACGUGGGACAGGAACCCAAAAAGAGCAAGUGAGAAUGCGGUGAUAAUCCAAGGCAGGCACCCCAAAAAGCCUCCUUCGUCUGCCUGUUGUUUUGAUGGUGAGCGGACAGUCCCCUCAGUUUGGUUUGGUGAAGGGAAAGGAAAACAGCGUCCGUGGGGCCCCACCGUUGCAAGUUGCCGAACAAAAUUCAAUGCCGAGUCCCAAGGCUCUACUUUUCUCCUCGUUUUCCAUCGCUUUCCAUUGCCAUUCAAUUUGGACAACUUGCCUGGUUUCUGUCUGGCGAUUAUUUUAUUUCAGGGAAGAGAAAAUAUUACUGCUGGUCUCAAUUCAAGGGGCUGUUUGAUUCCAUUUCAAUGGGAAAAAAACAUUUGUGGGGGCAAUAACUUGAUUGAAGUGACUAAACUAUCUAACAUGGUAGUACUAAAGAAUGGUUGAGCCUUUAUGUUGAAAGUAUUUUAUUCCCAUGAUGCUUUCCUGUAGCCUUCCUGUUUUAGGGAUCAGAUUUGGGGACAGGUCGGUGUGUGUUAAAACCCUUUACUUAUUGAAUCUUUACCCAC